UUCGCCUCCCCAGUGUCAGUUCAAAACCGCCGCUGCUACCCGACCCGUUCUUCUUCCUUUCCAGGUCAGUUCCUUUUCUCGCCGCCAUGAUUGUUUCAUAUUCCGAUUCGGCUACCCCAUCGUCCAAUUCUCGCCAAGCCGAUCAAUCGGCCCCUGGGCGUAACCCCGGCCACACUCAAUCACCCCAGCCGUCACCGUCGGCCGUGUCUGGCCAUAAACGGCGUCGAUUGAGGAAGCAAUUCCCUUGCUCAACCCCGGUAGAUGAGGGCUCGAGGGUUGGAUUGGACGAAAACAUCAUGGCGCUGUGCCAUUGCCAGAUUACUGACCGGGGGUUCGCCGAUGCUACUGACAUGGUCGGACCUUCCAUUGAAGUCAUGAGACCUACCAGCACCCAAACCGCCCUGGACGCCCCUUCAGGGUUCUUCACGGUCCAUCUGGCGUCUUUGAAGAAGGGGCUGCGCUUCCCACUCCACCCGCUUUUGAUCGAACUCCUCAACGUGGUGGACCUUCUUCCGUGUCAGUUGGUCCCCAACUCUCACCGGUACAUCGCCAGUUAUUUGGUCCGGUGCAAGGUUGUAGGGGUGAAACCAACUUUGGACCAUUUCCUAUUCACUUUCAAGCUGACCAAGGGCCAUAAGGAUUGGGCGUCCUAUGCAAGCCUUUCCGAGAGGUCCAGUAAGCUCUUUGCUAGUGACAAGAAGGGGUCAACCAAAGACUGGAAACCCUUCUUCGUUUUCGUCUCGACGGGGCCCGAAUCUCCUUUCACGGGUUCAGGGCGCCCUUCCUUUCGCCGCAUCCCAUGCCCCCCACCUGAUGCCACCCUUUUGUCCAUCACUCGCCAACUCUGCAAUAAGGGAGUUAUGAACAUCAAAGAGGUGGUGACAGAGGAAACCCUUGCCGGGUUGGGGUUUGAGUUUGUUCAGGAUGAGCUUCGUCACCAACCCGACCUACUGAGGGACAUUCCCGGGGGGCAUCAGCCUGACCAGCUGAAGGACAUUCCUGAGGAAGGUCUUGACUGUGGUCCUUUUGGAGAAGAGAUGGACGGCGAUCUCCUACUCAGUCGCAUCACUAAAGGGAGGAAGAGGAAGAGAGAGGCGAAGGGCCAGGGCAAACGCUCUUCGUCCCACCACGGGGAGAGUCUUUCCCGAGAGCCGGCUGUGAUUGUAGUGGAGAACCAGGAUGAUGCUACCCUGGAAACGGGUACAAUGACAGGCCAUUCCCCUCCUCACUCUGUGAGGCCGGGUGACGACCUCGCUAGGUCGUCACAAGGUGUUGUCUCGGAGCGACCUCCUUCGCCUCCCGCGGUGACCUACGAGGUGGCGACCGGGGGUCGCUCGACGAGGCUUUGCAUUCCUCCUCUGCCCCAAAGCUUAGGGGACGUGCAACUGGAGACCCUGAUCACCCUGCCCGCGGAGGACCAAGCCCGCAUAUCGGCCGGUUCCGAGGACGACCUUGAUAAUAUGGUCCUCUUGAGGCUAAGCCAGGCCACGCUGGGGAUGAUCGAGGUGGUUGGUAGGAGACGGGGUCACCAAGCUGCCUUGGGCGAGGCGUUGAAGACAUCGGAGGCCAGGCAGAAGGAAUUGCAGGAGGAGGUCGCCCGACUCACAAGAGAGCUUGGGGAGAAGGAAAAUCGCUGCGCGGCGCUUGCUGCGGAGAAAACUUCCCAUGAGAACCGCUGCGUCGCCCUUGAGGCAGACAAGGCCUCCUUGUCCUUGGAGGUAGAAUCUGUUUCUUCUCGCGUGGUCGAGCUGGAAGGGGAGAAGUCUGAUUUGAUCCAGCAGUUGGAAGUGGAGAGGAGCGACCGGGUCCGCCAUGCGGAGGAAGCGGUAGAAUCCUUCAAGUCUUCUCCUGACUUCACGAUGGUCGCGAUGGAGCGGAUGGAAGAACUAAGAGCCGCUUGGCUCAAAACUGAACCUGGGGCUCAAUGGAUGGUCAAGGAGGGGACCAAGUCCUUCAAUUGUGGACUCUUCCGCGCCCAACAGGUCUUCCGCGACAGACUGGCUCAGCUCCCCAAAGGAUUCUCUCUCCCCGACCUCGGCUUUCCCCCUCCUUGCCGUUCCUUGGCCGAGUUCGACCCCAGCCCUUACUUGGAUGGAGGGAGCUCAAGCGCGUCUGAAGAAGAGGAAGAAGAAGAAGAGGAAGGUGGACAGGGCGACCAGAAUCCAGGGGCCAGCUUAGCCACGACUCCCAUUUCUCUGAAUCUUUCUGACGGGCCGGCUCCUUCUUCGCCGGAGCCUGCCUCCUCCCCACAGUCAGUCAAUUCCAAUGACUGGGGGGGGGGGCUAGACCCUUACGAAUUCUGUCGCCGGUUGCCUCGCCGGCAGUGGCCGUCGGUGAGACUGCCGCCACUACCGCCAAACCCUUACGAAGAUUUCAGUGAGGUGUACAAGGCCCUCUCUGCCAACCGCCUGCCUGACGGGCGGAUUGAUUGGGAUGCUCCAUGCCCCCUCCAUUCCCUGCAAUGCAUGGCCUGGGAGAGCUUCCACGAUGAGCACUUACCCCUCCUGGAGCAUGAGUGCACAUAUUACGCAAGUCUUGAACGAUGGACUAGCGAAAGUCGCACCAAUUCGCCGGUGAGGCUUAAGGAGGAGGUUGUGUUGGGGGAAGAACUGGGUCCUUCCCUACCCCGCCUUGCUUGCCGCUCACCUCCCCGGAAGACCCCUAGGCGACCUGGAGUAGCUCGAGCGGCUUCAGGAUCUCCAUCCUCAUCUAGGUGAUGCUGGUUGGGGUUCACGGAGAAGUGAGCCGUCCCCCGUCCUUCCUUGGUAGGAGAAGGGCGGUGGGUUUUUUCUGAGGCUGGGGGCGACCGAUCCCGUUCCAUGGUGGGGAAGAAAGGUGGUCGUCUUGG